AUUCGCAUUCGCAAGCUCAAUCCUUGAAAACCAUGAAAUCAUCAAUUUUCCUGCUUUGCACGCUCCUCUUUUUGAAAAUGACUGUGGUGACUGAGGCGCAGAAAAAUGGACUGUGCUUCCAGCCACCGAUUUCGGGCCACUGCUACGCCUACUUCGUGAAAUAUUACUACGACCCUCUACAGGGACGCUGCAGAGAGUUCGUCUACGGCGGUUGCGGUGGAAAUCUCAACCGGUUUGAUUCGGUAAACGAAUGCAGACGGACAUGUGGAAUGUCAUAAGCGGGUAUGGAGCAUG